UUAAGUUCAGUGCUCGGUGGAGAUUCAGAUCGUACACUUGUGCGGGCUCUCGUCUACAGUUAAUUGAUAUAUCCUGAUUCCGAAAGUCAAGGAUCUUGAGUGCUGCGUGUGCGAGUGGCAAAACUAAUGCAAAAGUAAUCAAAGCUGAAACGCAUUAAAGCGAGCGGCUGGAAGUCGAUAAAAAUAAACUACAUAAAAGCAACUUGCGGUCCCGGAAAUAAUGUCAGCCACUGCCGAUCCCAUGGAGCUGGGGGAAUCCACAUCCACCCUGGCAGGCAGCACGACCACCACCACCACCACUACAACCGCUGCCACGACGGUGGUCAAUGCGAUUGCCAAGACAGUGGCCAUAAUUAGCAGCACGGUCUCUGCAGGCUCAACAACUGGCGCCAGUCCCUCCAGUACCUCCUCAGGGACUACUCCCACUCCGUCGCCCACGCCCACACCAACGCCCACUUCAUCCCACUCAUUUUCAUCCAAUCUGGAAGAUGCGGAAGAGAAACUCAGCGUGAAGGAUUUGAGCCAGGCACUGCAGCACUUUGGCAUUGUUGAUUACUUGGUCUUCAUCGCCAUGCUGGCCGUGUGCGCUGUUAUCGGUUUCUAUUUCGGCUUUAUAGAGAAGAACCAGAAAAAGAAGAAGCUGGCCGGCAAGGAUCGGGCCGGGGCGGCGGGCCUGGAGGAGAGGCGUGGCUCAGAGGCCCUGGACUACCUGGUGGGUGGGCGCCAAAUGAAAGUAUUUCCGGUCGCGCUGUCACUUGUGGCCAGCUUCGUGUCGGGCAUCUCGCUGCUGGGAACCUCGACGGAAAUUUAUGUUUACGGCACCCAAUACGCCUUCAUCCUGGUGACGCUGGCCAUCUCGGGCACCAUCUCGUGGUACAUCUUCCUGCCGGUGUUCUGCAACCUCCAGCUGACAUCCACCUAUGAGUACUUCGAGCUGCGCUUUAACAAGUCCGUUCGUCUGCUGGGAUCCGCCUUCUUCACGGGCGCAAAUCUCGUCUGGCUGCCAAUUGUCAUCUAUGUACCAGCCCUGGCCUUUAAUCAAGUUACUGGCAUAAAUAUCCAUGUCAUUACGCCCAUCGUUUGCCUCGUCUGCAUUUUCUACACAACGGUUGGCGGCCUGAAGGCCGUCGUUUGGACGGAUGUCAUCCAAACCGUCAUUAUGAUUGGAGCCAUAUUCUUUGUUGUCAUCAAGGGCACCUAUGACGUGGGCGGGCUGGGCGUGGUAAUUCAGCGAAACUAUGACAGCGGACGCCUCGAGUGGCCCGAAUUCACACUCGAUCCCAAGGUGCGCAUGUCCAUGCUGGCCCUGAUGGUGGGCACUGUGGGGCACAACACUUACCAGUUUGGCUGCAAUCAGAUGAUGACCCAGCGCUACAUGUCCCUGCCCGGUGUGAAGGAGAUGGCCCAGACAUCCUUCCUCUUCAUUCUGGGCUUGAUUCUCAUGUUUGCAUUGUGUCUGUACAACGGCCUCCUGCUUUAUGCAACCUACUACGAUUGCGAUCCAUUGACCACCAAGUUGGCCGUGGCCAAGGAUCAGUUGGUUCCCCUGCUAGUGGUGCAAGCCCUGAGCUCGUUUCCCGGCGUGCCCGGCAUGUUUGUGGCCGGAGUCUUUAGCGCUGCUCUCAGUUCCCUAUCCACUGGUAUGAAUUCCUUAGCUGCCGUUUUCCUGGAGGAUUACAUAAGGCCACUGGCGAAGAAGCCUCUUACCGAGCGCCAGACUGCCAUAACCAUGCGACUCUGUACGGUGAUCAUUGGAGUACUGAGCGUGGCACUCGUAUUCGUGGUCGAGCGAAUGGGCUCUCAUGUGAUGCAGCUGGCCAUCACCCUGGGCUCAGUGGUCCAGGGUCCCCUGCUGGGUCUCUUUUCGAUGGGUCUGCUGUGUCCCAGUAUCAACUCCAAAAGUGCCAUUGCGGGAUCUCUGGUCUCGUUCUUCUUCAUGGGCUGGCUGAGUCUUUCGGCCCAAUUGGCCAUUAACUCUGGGGAGAUUCAGGCCGACGUAAAGCCGGUUAGCGUGGAUGGCUGCGACUACGAGUUCGAUCGUUCCCUGGUGACGCCAGCCAAUGCCACCAUUUCGAGUGCAGAGUCAGCGUCUCUUAGUUUCGCGGAACAGCUCUAUCACAUCUCCUUCAUGUUCUACACCGUCAUGGGGGGCUGGGUGGCCGUGGGAACCGCACAUCUGGCCGGUUGUUUCUUUGGCCGAAAUAAGGACGGUUCAGUGGAUCCCGAGCUGCUCUCGCCCUGCAUGCGAAAACACCAGAAGUCGAACUAUUCCAGCGUCAGCCUGGACGAGAAUACCCUUAAGGAAGCCACCGAUAAGUCUUAGGUUAAGGCUGUGCCUUCAAGAUUUAAAAACCAUCAAUUAUCUGAUGUUUUAAUGUUUAAAUUGAGAUGUACUUAUGCUUGAGUUUCUUAGGAGAAUUAAAUUCGUAAUCGAGACUAGGCUCAAUAAAAUUCAUUUUUAGGCCAUAAAUUGUUUGUAUCAUUAAUUUUAUGUUGUUAUAUUUUUAUUUGCACUUGAAUUUCUUUUAAACAACACAGCACAGACCUAAAGUUA